AGGUCUUCAGCCCCUUCUGAGUGGGACCGCGGAACUGUCCACCGAGUCGGCGAAAAUCAAAGAAGAAAUCACAAAGGAACUUAGAAAAGAUUUCAAAGUGCAUAAUAAAAAAGUACAACUUCCCCAAAGUAGUGGGAGGCAGCUCAAGAAGCGAUCGGAGGAAAACGUGCUGCUCUACAUGCUCACCUUAGGAAAGGAGAAGGAGGUGAAAUCAGUGCCCUGAUGGCCCAUUGAAGGAAGCUAGAAAGAGAAGAGCAGAGGGAACCCAAAGUGGCCCACUGAAGAGACGACAGCGCCCAGAGAGGAGGCCGAGGCCCACACUGCGACAGUCUGUGUACUCCCGUCCAGUCGCUUCUCCCCACCCGCAGGACCUCAGCAAUGGCAAUGGCAAUGGCACUGGCGAUCCUGCGGGACUGGUGCAAGUGGAGAGGCAUGAACGCACAGCGCUCCCUGCUCAUCCUGGGCAUCCCGGACGACUGCGAGGACCAGGAAUUCCAGGAGGCCGUGCAGGCUGCCCUGUGGCCCCUGGGCAGGUACCGAGUGCUGGGCCAGGUCUUCAGAAAGGAGCUGGGGACCAGCGUGGCCCUGGUGGAGUUUGCUGAGUAUUUAAAUCGAAGUUUGAUCCCCCAACAAAUACCGGGCAAGGGGGGACCCUGGGAUGUGGUCUUCCUGCCCCAGGCCCCUGAUUCUGAGUCACAAGAUAGACUCAAUGUCCCUGCACAGCCCCAGAGGCAAGCAGUGCCUGGCAGGGCAGGUGAGGAGGGAUGUGAAGGUGAGAUAGGAUGUGAAGGUGAGGAAGGAACCACAGAUGAGGCGAGAGCGCCAGGUGAGGAGGGUGCCCCAAGUGAGGCAGGAGCGCCAGGUGAUGCGGGAGCCCCAGGUGAGGUGGGAGCCCCAGGUGAGGCGGGAACCCCAGGUGAAUUGGGAGCCGCUGGUGAGGAGGGAGCUCCAGGUGAGGCAGGAGCCGCAGGUGAGGAAGAAGGUGCAGGUGAGGAGGGAGCUGCAGGUGAGGAGGGAGCCGAGGGGGAGGCAGGAGCCCUGGGGGAGGCAGGAGCUGAAGAUGAAGCAGGAGCGUCAGAUGAAGAGGGAGCAGCAGGUGACACAGGAGUUGCAGGUGUGGCAGGAUCUGUGACAGUGGCAGGAGCUGCAGGUGAGGCAGAGGCUCCAGGUGAGGAAGAGGCUGCAGGUGUGGCAAGAGCCAUGGAUGAGGCAGGAGGCUGGACCCAGCAAUGGCGGGAGACUUUGCAGCCUCUGCUCGACAGCAUGGCCUACCAGGAACUGAGACCUUUUUCUGGGUUGGAAGAGCCGUGCUGUGGAGAAGAGUCUUUUGAGAGCUGGCUGGACCAUACCAACGACAUGCUGUACCUGUGGCGCCACAUAUCGGAACGGGAGAGGAGGAGGAGGCUGGUGGAGAGCUUGGGUGGCCCGGCGCUGGAUCUCAUGUGCGGCCUCCUGGAUGAAAAUCCCGACAUCCCUGCACAGGACUGCCUGGCCGCGCUGGUGCAAGCGUUUGGUAACAAGGACGCCCGGAUGACCGCAAGGCUGAAGUUCCUGACUUGUGCUCAGAGGCCCCAGGAGACUCUCUUUGCCUACGUGAUGCGCCUGGAGGGCCUGCUGCAGGCGGCCAUGGAGAAGGGGGCCAUCCAGGCCGCCAUCGCAGACCAGCUGCGCGCCAGGCAGGUGCUGAUGCGGGCCCGCCCCAACGAGACGCUCCAGAACCAGCUGAGGAGGAUGCGUCUGGAGAGGAGACCGCCUGGCUUCCUGAGGAUGCUGCAGCUCAUUCGGGAGACCGAGGCAUGGGAGGCCACCCCAGGUACAAGUGAGCAGUUCCAAGUGGAAGAAGGGGCCCAUGUGGACAUUGGAGACCUAGUCGCCUCUCAGGCUGCCUCGGCCCAUGAAUAUGGUGCUGAGGUCUCCUCAGCCUGUGAAGAUGCUGCCUGGGCUGCCCCGGCCCACGAAGGUGCUGCCCGGGCAGCCCCACCCAGUGAAGGUGCUGCCUGGGCCGCCAGCGAAGACACUGGCCAGGCUGCCCCGGCCCGCGAAGGUGCUGGCUGGGCUUCCAGUUCACGCAAAGGUGCUGCCCGGGCUGCCCCGGUCAGUGAAGAUGCUGCCCGGGCUGCCCCAGCCAAGGAGGUCAUCACCGAGUGCACCCCUGCCACUGCAGAAGAAGCCAAGGCUUCCUCAGGUAACAAAGAUACCGCCGAGGCUGCCCUUUCCAAGGAAGACACCGCCGAGGCCGUCCCAGACAAUGAAGAGGCCGAUGAGGCAGUUCCUGGCACAGUCGACCCUGGAGAGGCUGCUUCUGACACCCGUGAUGCUGCCUGGGCAGCCCCUGCCCCUGAGGAGACCACCAAGGCCUCCCCUGCCAUUCAGGAAGAUGAAAAUGCUCCCGCUCCUGUGGGCCUAGGUCAGGCGGCCCAGAUGGGCAGUCCUUCUGGGGUGGGCCCAGGAGGUCCUGGCAGUGAGCCAGAGGGCAUUGCCCUGGCAGGAGACCAGGACGCCGAGGAGCCCCCUGAGGAGAGGCUCAAGCCCAUCCAGGAGGAGUCAGGGAACAACGACGGGGCUGGGGAGAUGAGCCCCCCAAAGUCCUCCUUGGGCUAA